AUGAAGGCGUGGCAGUUCACAGAUCCUUCGCAUGGUCUUGAACUGAAGACGGUUCCGAUCCCGGAGCCAGGACCUAACCACGUUCUCGUCCAGGUCAAAGCCGCCGGGCUCUGCCACACAGACUACAACGUCAUAUCGGGCCUCGACACGACAUUUAUGUUCAAGCGCCCCAUUACUCUUGGCCACGAACUCGCUGGUGUUGUAACAAAAACGGGCUCCGGUGUGACAACGCUCACAGCAGGUGAUGUAGUCGUCGCUGUUAUCGCUGCAAAACGUCCUUUCAAGCUUCAUGAUGCGGCAAGCAUGCCAGGCCUUGGUUAUGAUGGCGGUUUCGGGGAGUAUGUCAUUCUUGAGGAGCACAAAGCGCUACGCAUUCCCCCAGGUCUCAGUUUCGCCGAUGCAGCUGUGGCAACUGAUGCUGUGGGCACAGCUUAUCACGCAGUCUUCACCGCGGGGCAGGUCAAAUCUCAGGACAAAGUCGCCAUUGUCGGCCUCGGUGGGCUUGGCUUGUGUGCAGCGCAGCUUGCAGCGAGUGUCAUCGGCGCAGAGGUCCAAGCGAUCGAUUUGGAUCCUAAGAGAUUCGCCGCAGCUUUGAGCUUUGGAGUGAGACGAUGCGCCAAGUCCUUCGCUGGCCUUCCGGGAAAGAGGUUUGAUGUGAUACUUGACUUUGCAGGUGCAGGAAUAACGACGUCCGACGCUGUGAUGUCCACAGAACAAGGAGGCACUAUCGUGUUAGUGGGGCUCGGCAGCAAAGAGUGCACGCUGAACACAUUUGAGUUUGUGUUGAGGAAUGUUGUCUUGAAGGGCACGACCGGCGCUUCGCCGGAUGAAAUUCAGGCAUGUAUGGAUCUGAUCGCGGCAGGAAAGUUCAAGACCACGAAUGAGGAAAUACCGUUCGAUGGAAUCGCGGCAGGAAUUGAUAGACUUGUCGAGGGAGGGGCGAUCGCAAGGUUGUGGGCAGAUCCAUCACGAGGUUAG